AUGGCGAACCAGCUCAUAAGUCAAAUGGGUCUUCCCAAAUCAAUUGCCUACGUUUUUGCUGCUCGUAAUAUCAUCACCGCCAAGGAUGCGUUAUCAUUAACUGAAUUUGAGAUGAUGGAGUUGUUAGAUGUGGGAUUGGCUGAAGUAACAUUGGCACUGGCUCAUAUUAGUGAAGUUUCAUGUCCGCCCUAUCAAACCGCUUUGUCAUUGCUGGAGCAUCGCAUCCAAAAUGAGUACUUGGCUGGCCAUCUUCCCACACGAUUAAAAGGACUUGAUGCAGCCCUUUGUGGUGGAAUACCAUUUGGUGUUGUAACAGAGUUGGUUGGUCCUGCAGGGAUUGGCAAAACUCAGUUUUGCCUGAAGCUUGCAUUACUAGCUUCCUUGCCUUCUACCUAUGGAGGCUUAGAUGGUCGGGUGAUAUAUAUUGAUGUGGAAUCCAAAUUUAGUUCAAAAAGAAUGAUAGAAAUGGGGUUUAAUAGUUUCCCAGAAAUAUUUCAAACUGAAGGAAUGGCAAAAGAGAUGGCAGGUAGGAUUCUAGUUCUGCAGCCAGCAUCAUUAACUGAAUUCACUGAAAGCUUGCAGCAGCUCAAGGUUUCUCUCCUCCAACAUCAUGUAAAGCUUCUCAUAAUCGAUAGCAUGACAGCUCUUAUUUCCGGUGAGAAUGGGCAGGGACCUCCUAGACAGCAUGCUUUGGGUUGGCACAUCUCAUUUAUCAAAUCACUUGCAGAAUUUUCUCGAAUUCCUGUAGUGGUGACUAACCAAGUACGAUCUCAAGGCCGUGAUGAAGCUUCCAGAUAUUUAUUCCAAGUUCAGGACAGAACAGAAUUUCCAGAAGAUCUGAUGAGCUUUGAUUCCCAUCUUGUUGCUGCUCUGGGGAUUCAUUGGGCUCAUGCUGUUUCGAUUCGUCUUGUGCUUGAAUCUAGAUCAGGACAGAGGUUUAUAAAGCUAGCAAAAUCUUCAAUAUCUCCACCUAUGGCAUUCCUUUUCAACAUAACUGCAUCUGGGAUUUUCUUGAUUGAUGAUGACGGAGUGGAAAUGAUGGGGCCGGAAAUAAAUGCAAUUCACUGUCAAGGUCAUAGCGGCAUAGUUAAUUUUGAUACCGAGAUGACACGGUAA